CUGGGAUUAUCUCUCUUCUGGAUGAAGAAGAGCCGCAGCUCAAGGAGUUUGCUCUUCACAAGUUGAAUGCUGUUGUCAAUGACUUCUGGGCAGAAAUCUCUGAGUCGGUGGACAAAAUUGAAGUUCUCUAUGAAGACGAGGGCUUUCGGAGCCGGCAGUUUGCUGCUCUAGUUGCUUCUAAAGUUUUUUACCACCUGGGAGCUUUUGAGGAAUCCCUGAACUAUGCCCUGGGAGCUGGUGACCUCUUCAAUGUCAACGACAACUCGGAAUAUGUGGAGACGAUCAUUGCAAAAUGUAUCGACCACUAUACCAAGCAGUGUGUGGAGAAUGCAGAGCUGCCAGAAGGGGAGAAGAAACCUGUCGAUGAAAGGCUAGAAGGGAUAGUGAACAAAAUGUUCCAGCGGUGCUUGGAUGACCAUAAGUACAAGCAGGCCAUCGGCAUCGCUCUAGAGACACGCAGGCUGGACAUCUUUGAGAAAACCAUCCUUGAAUCGAACGAUGUUCCUGGGAUGCUAGCCUACAGCUUGAAGCUCUGUAUGUCUUUGAUGCAGAACAAACAGUUCCGUAAUAAAGUCUUGAGAGUUCUAGUGAAAAUCUACAUGAAUCUGGAGAAACCAGACUUCAUCAACGUGUGCCAGUGCCUGAUAUUCCUGGAUGACCCCCAGGCUGUGAGUGACAUCUUGGAAAAACUGGUGAAGGAAGAUAAUCUUCUCAUGGCCUACCAAAUUUGCUUUGAUCUGUAUGAAAGUGCUAGCCAGCAGUUCUUGUCUUCUGUGAUCCAGAAUCUCCGCACGGUUGGCACUCCCAUUGCCUCUGUGCCUGGAUCCACCAACACUGGCACCGUCCCUGGAUCGGAGAAAGACAG